AUGGAAACCGGUAAAUUAGAUCUCGCCGAUGCCGAAAGCGGCGAUCACACACCGGAAACGCAUAAUGGUGUUUCGUCGCCGAUGCCCGUCGACAAUCCGAUUGAGAAUGGCAAAAAGUCGUCGUCGGAGCCAAGAGUUCCCGACAUGCAGCUUGGAAAAUGCCGCUACGUUCGAUUGCACGAUAAUGUGAAUUAUGUAGCCGCUGGCCUAAUAUUACGUGGGGAAGGCGAUUCUACAGAGGUACUUCUAAUCCAAGAAGCCAAGAAAAGCUGUCACGGAAAGUGGUACAUGCCAGCCGGACGAGUCGAAGCUGGAGAAACUCUCGAAGAAGCCGUCGUACGGGAAAUCCUUGAAGAAACUGGAUACUCUGCCAGCGUCGUUGAGCUCUUGUCGAUGCAGGUUCAGGGCUCCGGCUGGUUCCGGUUCGCAUUCUAUUGCGAGAUUACUGGUGGCGAAUUGAAGACAAAACCCGAUCAACAGUCAUUAGCAGCCCAAUGGUAUUCAAUAAAAGAGCUGAAAGCACACAAAAUACCCUUGAGAGGUCGCGAUUUCAUUCGGCUCGUCGAUGAAGCUGUCACUUAUCGUGCCACAACCUCAUCUGGCCCGCGAAUAAUGCCGAUCAAUGUGAACAUGCCUGGGACGCGAACUGAAGUGCUCGUGCACAAGACCAUCAAAGAUGAGACGUAUUUGAUCGACGAUGAGCAACCAUUUCCAACCGUCGAAUUCGGCUUCGAGUACUUCUUCGCAAUGGUUGUCUCCAAGUGCUACAAGCACUUAUUGGAGGAAGGUGCGAACGUGGUGUUUAGUCCGUCGCACGUCGUCCGUCUCAAAUGUCAUCCGAAGCCGAUGGAGAGCCUCGCGCACGGUCUCUCGGUUCGACUCUACUGUCAGCACAAACAAACAACGAAGGCAGUCAUCAGAAGCCCUCGAUACCAUUGGAUCACUGUUGAGAAUCCCGAAACUCGGCGAUCUCUUCGCAUGGAUCUGAAACAGUACAGACCAUCGCUGCACAUGCUUUAA